AUGCUUGCCGCGCGCCGCCGCAGGUGCGACGGUAACGUUCCCGUCGCCGCGCCGCCGGCACGAUUCGGCGCCCUUGCGCCGAUGAUCGUCAUGGCGGUGGUUUCGACGCCAUUGCGGUUGUUAAACUUGCCGGUGAGCGUUGGUAAUUUGUCGAUGGCUGUCGAUUGGUCUGUCCGGCAGCUGGCUUGCCUGGUUGACAACUCGCUGGUGGAAUUGUGCGCUGAAUUUUUAAGUUUCGCCUGUACAUCUAAAUCAUUAAAGGAGAUUUAUCGCGUGUUUACUUUCCCCGCGAUGUAUGACGAAUCGAAUCCCAGCCGAAAACCGGUUUUUUGUUCGCUUGUCGCCUGA